AUGGCGGCGACGAUGGCGGUGGCGACGAUGGUGACGAGGAGCAAGGCUGGAGGCGGCGCGCUGACGGUGGACAGGAAGGGGUGGUUCGUCCCGGAGCUGGCCCUGCCGUGGAGCUCGGCCGAGGGAGAGUGCGAGGGCAAGAGGGUGGAGUUCCCUCGUCGGGCGCCGCCGCUGUUCGCCAGCGUCGGCCUCAGCAUCUCCGCCGGGGGCGCGCCGGCGGCGAAGGGUCGGACCGACAACUGCGACGUCGCGCGCCAGCUGGAGGCCGAGGAGGCGGCGGCGGCGCGGAAGAGGCAGGGCAAGAAGAGGGUCGGCGGCGGCGGGCUGCUGUCGCUGAGGAAGGUGAGGGUGAAGAUCGGGAACCCGCACCUGCGGCGGCUGGUGAGCGGCGCCAUCGCCGGCGCCGUGUCGCGCACCUUCGUGGCGCCGCUGGAGACGAUCCGCACCCACCUGAUGGUCGGCAGCUGCGGCGCCGGCUCCAUGGCCGGGGUGUUCCGGUGGAUCAUGCGCAACGAGGGCUGGACCGGCCUCUUCCGCGGCAACGGCGUCAACGUCCUCCGCGUCGCCCCCAGCAAGGCCAUCGAGCAUUUCACCUACGACACGGCGAAGAAGUACCUCACCCCGGAGGACGGCGAGCCGGCCAAGAUCCCCAUCCCGACGCCGCUCGUCGCCGGCGCCCUCGCCGGAGUCGCCUCCACCCUCUGCACCUACCCUAUGGAGCUCGUCAAGACCCGCCUCACCAUCGAGAAGGACGCGUACGACAACGUGCUGGACGCGUUCGUGAAGAUCGUGCGGGAGGGCGGGCCGUCGGAGCUCUACCGCGGGCUGGCGCCGAGCCUCAUCGGCGUCGUGCCGUACGCCGCCACCAACUUCUACGCCUACGAGACGCUGCGCCGCCUCUACCGCCGCGCCACGGGCCGCGCCGAGGUGGGCCCCGCGGCGACGCUGCUCAUCGGCUCGGCGGCCGGCGCCAUCGCCAGCACCGCCACCUUCCCGCUCGAGGUGGCGCGCAAGCAGAUGCAGGUCGGCGCCGUCGGCGGGAGGCAGGUCUACCGCAACGUGCUCCACGCCAUGUACUGCAUCCUCCGCAGCGAGGGCGCCGCCGGCCUCUACCGCGGCCUCGGCCCCAGCUGCAUCAAGCUCAUGCCCGCCGCCGGCAUCUCCUUCAUGUGCUACGAGGCGCUCAAGAAGGUGCUCGUGGAGGAGGUGCCGGCGCUUGAGGCGGGGUGCGUCGAGGAUGACGAGGAGGAGGAGAAGGAGAAGGUUGCUUGA